CUCGCCGCCUGCGCGCUCGGGGCCCGGCCGCGCGGGGCUGGCGCUCCCAGGCCCCGAACUCAAACCUCCUCGGCCUCCCAUGAGCCCCUGGGCCGGGAGACGUGGCCGCUGGGGCCCUGGAGCGCGCGCGCUGAGAGCUGCCUGGCCCCGCUCCGCCGGCCCGCGAAGCUCAGAGCCCCUCAGUGCCCGACCCGCCGCCGGCGGCUGCGACGCUGGUGCCUGCCCUUGGCUGUGCUGCCGGGGCCGUGAAAAGGGCCGGUACCAGCUGUACUGCUGCCGCCUGAGGGGGUCUGCGCUGCAUGGCACCGCUGUGGUGUAGGUACUUGGCACAGCCCGGGAAGGGGCGACACUGUUCGCAGCUCUGAGCGGUAUAACUAGGUUGACCUAAGUUUUAGGUGAAGACCAGGCCUGUCUCACUGAAUGAACCAGGGGCUCUGCGUGCGAAGCCUGUGCUAAACGGGACAAUACAUCUAUUCCGCAAAUCACAAAGAACAAUAGCUAGCAAGUUAACACAGGAAUUUAGGUUGGUAGCAGCUGAUCGAAGGUCCUGGAAGAUCUUGCUGUUUGGUGCAAUUAAUUUAAUAUGCACCGGUUUCCUGCUUAUGUGGUGCAGCUCUACUAACAGUAUAGCUUUAACUGCCUAUACUUACCUGACCAUCUUUAAUCUUUUCAGUUUGAUAACAUGUCUAAUAAGCUACUGGGUAAUGAUGAAGAAGCCCAGCCCAGCCUAUUCAUUUGGGUUUGAGAGAUUUGAAGUACUAGCAGUAUUUGCUUCCACAGUUCUGGCACAACUUGGAGCUCUUUUCAUACUAAAAGAAAGUACAGAACGGUUUCUGGAACAACCUGAGAUACACACGGGACGAUUGUUGGUUGGUACUUUCGUGGCUCUUUUUUUCAACUUGUUUACAAUGCUUUCCAUUCGGAAUAAGCCUUUUGCUUAUGUGUCUGAAGCUGCUAGUACGAGUUGGCUUCAGGAGCAUGUUGCAGAUCUUAGCAGAAGUCUAUGUGGAAUCAUUCCAGGGUUGAGCAGUAUCUUCCUUCCACGAAUGAAUCCUUUUGUCUUGAUUGAUCUUGCUGGUGCUUUUGCUCUUUGCAUUACGUAUAUGUUAAUUGAAAUUAACAAUUAUUUUGCUGUAGAUACAGCCUCUGCAAUAGCUAUUGCUUUGAUGACUUUUGGUACCAUGUAUCCUAUGAGUGUCUACAGUGGAAAAGUACUACUUCAGACAACCCCACCGCAUGUGAUUGGUCAACUAGAUAAACUUAUUAGAGAGGUUUCCACUUUGGAUGGUGUUUUGGAGGUUCGAAAUGAGCAUUUCUGGACAUUGGGCUUUGGUACUUUGGCUGGAUCAGUACAUGUACGAAUUCGAAGAGAUGCUAAUGAACAAAUGGUACUUGCUCAUGUGACUAAUCGACUGUAUACUCUAGUCUCUACUUUGACUGUCCAGAUUUUCAAAGAUGAUUGGAUCAGACCUACCUUAACAUCUGGGCCUAUUGCAAACAAUAUGUUGAAUCUUUCAGAUCAUCAUAUUAUUCCAAUGCCAUCUUUAAAGGCUACUGAUAAUUUGAACCCUGUUACAUCCACUCCAGCUAAACCUAGUAGCCCACCUCCAGAAUUUUCUUUUAACACACCGGGCAAAAAUAUGAACCCAGUCAUCCUUUUAAACGCUCAGACAAGACCCUAUGGUUUGGGCCUUAAUCAUGGAUCUGUACCUUACAGCAGUGUAUUCAAUCAAGGACUUGGAAUUCCGGGGAUGGGAGCAACUCAAGGAUUCAGGACUGGUUUUACAAAUGUCCCAAGCAGAUAUGGAACUAGCACUCGAGGUCAACCCCAGCCAUAAUAAACUCUAUUAUGCGUUAUUUAUUGUACAUAAGGAUAUUGAUUUUUUUUAAAUUGCCCAGUUUUUGUAAACCAUUAGACCAUUCUGAAUUACUGGGAUCAAUUGUAUUGUUUAUAUUCAUUAAACAGUUAAAUUGCAUUUCCACUUUUUUAUGUUAGUAUAUAUGAUGCAACAAAUUCUUGACAGACUUGUGAACUUGCAAAUAGUUUUUACAGCUACUGAAUUUAUUCACAUGCAGAUUUUCUAUUCACUUUUCUUUUUCCUCCAAUCAUGUGCUUAAGUAUAACAUGAACAUAGUUUUAUAUGAGAGCAAAAUUGUGAAGGCGAAGCAUCCUCCAUUCUUUUCAACUGCAAAUUGUUUCUGAAUUGUUUUACUGAAUGAUUGUGCAACAGCAGUGAUUCAUCUGUUCUGCCCCAGUUCUCUUUUUUUUUCUUAAAAAUUAUGACCACUGUUUGAUCAAUCUUUGGCAACGUCACAGUUAGAUUUUCCUUGGUUGAAAAAAUCUUUUUUCUCAAUACAUUUACUGUCCAGUAUAAGGACAAACUAAGACUUUUAAAUUUCUUAUUGACAUUAAGGAAUCAUUUAUUAUAUAAUUGUAUUUCUUGUUGAUUUUAUUGAGGUACAAAGUGUUCAUCAACUGUUUUCUUGUAACUGUUUCAUACUCAUAUUUGUAUUUUUUUAUUUAAUUGCAAAAUUACAUGACAAUAUACUGGGAAAUAAAAUAUUAGAAACUCCAUAUUCUAGAAGCACCUCUUUCUU